CUUGAGCUUGAAUCAAGGUCACGAGAGAUUAUAUAAUAUAUAUAUAUAUAUAUAUAUAUAUAUAUAUAUAUAUAUAUAUAUAUAUAUAUAAAAAGAACGUGAGAUAAUUAAUGAAAGAUAAGGUUGAAUAAAAUUUGUGAGUUUAUUAAUAAGUGAAGUUCAGAGUUGAACACAAAUUUCAGUGCCAAACUCUAAUCCACUUCUAUUAGUAACAAGGUAAAUCACUUGUGUUCCGCUCCGAGAGUCCCGAGUGAUUUAAAAUUCCAUUCUUGUCACGGGAAAGAAUAGAGUAAUAGUUGGAUCCUUUUCUUUUUCCCCUCCAUAAAAAAGUAAUUCCCAACUCAAUCCGAUCAGAGCUCCACUUCCGUUGUUGUCUUCGCCGCUCGUUCUCAAAUCCAAUCUCCAAACCCUAACUUACAUCUUUGAGUACCCAUCGCUGUUCUAAGCAGUCCGAGUGGUUCAAUCGUUGACGCAGUCUCCCAAACCCUGAUUUGGGGAUUUCGCGCGCUUCCGACCGUUCCAUCGACCAAGAUUCAUUCAAUUGCUUGCCCUAUUUUUCGCGUUUGAACCAGCGAUGAAAGAAGCCAAAUCAGUUAAAUUGAGUAGUCAGCAAGCCCAGGCGCAGCAGCAGCUGCUCGAGCAGCCAUUGCAGCAACAGCAACAUCAAAACGGUCAUUUGUCUCCUUUCAAGUUCGCCAAGUUGUUGGAUCCCGAGGCUUCUUGGGACAAGGAUCAAUUAGGAGAUGUGCUGCACUGGAUUCGACAGGUGGUGGCACUGUUGUGCGGAUUGGUGUGGGGUGCCGUACCUGUUGUAGGCGGUCUGUGGAUUGGCAUUUUUCUUUUGAUAUCCUCUGGAAUCAUAUAUGGAUACUACGCACUGAUAUUAAAAGUAGAUGAAGAAGACUACGGCGGGCAUGGAGCACUCCUCCAAGAGGGUCUCUUUGCUUCAAUUACAGUAUUCCUGCUCUCUUGGACUCUAGUUUACAGUCUGGCUCACUUCUGAUUCUGGGAGUGCCGGAGCAGUGUGGCUGCGUUUCGUCUAAGGAGUGUAGUGUUUCUUUCAGAUGCUUGUGCAAGGGUUCGUCUGCCGUUUGUGGCCUGGAAACAACCGAGAAAUCUUUUCAGAAGCCCAUGUCAUCUGUUAAUUGCUUUUGUGAAAACGUUUUUGAUUUAACUGGGGCAUGGUGUAAUGCUGGCCUUGUUUGUUCAGGAGUGAUGUUAUAACGGAUCGCUGCUUCUUAAAUGUCCCACUAGCUACACAAAGAUGUAGCAACAGUUCUGUUUGUUGGGUGCAUACAAUAAUCUUUCAGGUUUAGG